ACUAAUUAAAAAUUUCAGGGAUUGAUUAGAAAAAGCUUUAAAAUCAAUUCCCAAAAGGGUUAUUUACAGAGAACUAGCCAUUCCCACAAGCAUAAUAGGAGCAUUUUACUUCCUCUGGCAGCCAAGGGACCCAUCGAAAAUCCUCUGUUAGGGUUUCCCCACUCUCCCAAUUAAAAAUGGAAUCUUUGCAUUUUAAACCAUUCCAAGUUUUCUACUUUAUAUAAAGUUUUAAACUUUAGAGUUCAAAUCCAUUUCAAGUCAGAAAAAAAAAAAAAAAAGCCUAAAAUGAGGGGCAGAAAAAAGGCAGAUAUGAAAGCAUCAAGCAGCAGCAGAGAAGGAGUGUUAGGACAUCAACCAACAGCCAACCCUUGCAAAUUCUUUCAACUCCCUCGCCGUACAAUCUAUGACAUUCUCUCAAGGCUUCCCAUCAACACCCUUUUCCAUUGCAGGUGUGUUUGCAAGACAUUCCUCCGUUUCAUUUCUGAUCCCGAUUUUGGAAGGCUCCACCUUUCAAGAUCACCCCUUUGCAUUUUAAUCAAGACCAUGCCACUCCAAAAUGCUUCAAAAAGGCUCCAGUUAGCCCAAGUCGAAGCCAAUGGUGCAAAUUUCCAGGUCUUGAAACUCAACUUUACUCCCAAAUCAAAUUUACCCACUUGUGAUAUUUCUUAUAUGAAUGCAUGCAAUGGUUUGCUUUGUUUAGUUGGAGCUGAAAAAGAUUAUUCCUUCUAUGUUUGUAACCCAAUUUUGGGUGAAUUUAUCACAAUUCAACCACCUUAUAACGACAGGCACAGAGGUAGUUUUUUGGGGCUUGGUUAUUCAGCUGUGACUAAUCAAUACAAAGUUUUGUUCAGCUACUAUCCGGUAAUUGAAUCGGCUAACCGUUAUGUAAUGGCUGAGAUAUACACCAUUGGGACUGGUUCAUGGAGAAGCAUUGGAAAUGCACCUACUGACACUGUUGCUUUACCUUUCAAUGCUUUCUUGAAUGGAGCUCUUCACUGGUUUCCUUGUACUCCUAAUGGUAGUGAAUUCAUACAUUCUUUUGACUUUGAUGCUGAGCAGUUUGGGACCCUUCCCCCACCUGAUCAUUUUCGAGAAGACGAUAAGAAGUUUACAAAUUACGCAAGGAUCGGAGUGCUAGGAGGUUGUUUGUUUAUAAUUUACUUCACGAAUUCAAUAAGAUUUGACAUUUGGGUUAUGAAGGAGUAUGGCGUCAAGGAGUCUUGGACCAAACAGUUUGUUAUUGAAAAUUUGUACCCAAAGCAAGGCAGCUGGGAUUUCUAUGAACCAAUGAUCGUUUUGAACAAUGGAGAAAUUUUGAUGUUGUACAAUAAUGAUGCAGUGGUUUGUUACAAUCAGAAGAGGAAGAAUCUUCGAGGAACUAAAUUUUUCCGGACUCGCUCACAGUUUGAUGCAAUUGCUUACACCCCUUGCUUUGUUUCUCUCUACAAUGUUGCAAAAGGAGAGCAAAUUUCAAGGAUGCAAGGCACCAGAGACUAUGACAAGAUCUGUACAGAGGAAUUCCAAGACUGUGCUGGUUGUGGAGCACCACUCGUUAACCCUGGCUAUGGUUCAGCUUUUUGGGUUCCCUAUGGAGCUGUAAAUGACCAUGUAGAUUUGUAUGGAAGAAACUCAGAGAUCAUCAGAUGCACAGCUUGUCACAAACACCAAGUUGCUUCUGAGAAAUCUUUUCUGACCCUAUGGAGUCUAUGAAGACGAAAAUGGUAAUUUAUAAAAUGAGGAGCCAUUUUGACUAUGGUACCGAGUAAAUCCUUCGGAAUUUUUACUAUGAGUUUCAGGACUGAACUUUUUUAAUGUCCUAUUUGUGAUGUAGUACUAAUCCAUAUUUUACUGCUCUUGGUGCUUGUAAAUAUUGAGGCAUCCUCCUGUUGAACUAGGGAAAAUUUGGUAUGCUAAUUGGUAGAGUAGUUUACUCUUCCAUAUAAACAGAGAACUGGCAUGACUUUGGUCAUUGAAGUAAUAUUUCCUUUGAUCUCCAGAAAUGGACCUUUCAGGGCCCUGGACCAUUGUAGCUUAGAAACUAGAUGGAGCAUACAAGGCAUUCUAGUCUUCAAAAUGUGACAUCCAUUUGCUACUGUGCUGACUAAAGAAGGAAGAGAUGCCCCACCAUUCCGAAGAGAAAUAGGGUAUGCUAGUUAAUCUUUCUGUUGCUAGGGAACUUUGACAAUCCACUUGUGUUUUCCCGUGAAGAAGCUGUUACAUACGAAUGUUCUAUGAAAGUAGCCAUUGGCCUAUAUCAAAAAAAAAAAAAAAAAACUCAUUGGCAAAUUUUGAUCUUGACCUAUUCCUCUUCGAAACUAUAUCAACAUUCAGCUGUUUCAGCAUGAUUCUGUUGGGUUUAAUUCAGGUUGGAACCGAAAACAUUAAGAUAUAUCUUACUGAUAAACGUAUGACUAACGUGCAACAAAAACGACCGAACAGUCAACAAAAAUAUGACAACCCAAUAAAAAUGGUGAAGUGAAUUGGCAAGCCGAAAAAUGACAAACAUGCAACAAAAAGGUGACCGAACAGGUUUAUAAAGCCCGCCACAAGUUCCUGCUGAAUCAACUUCCACAGUCUAAACAAAGCAAUUCUGGGAUUAGUUUCAUUAAGAUUCAAUCCAACCAUUUUCAAGUCUUAAACCCAUCAGAACAAGAAAAAAAAUUGCAUGUGGCCAUGGAUAGGAGAAAUGGAAAACUAACAAGAGCUUGUCGAGAUGGCAACGAGGGAAAAGAAGCAAAAGGGCUGUUGACAGACCUUCCUAUUGGUAUAGUCAUGGACAUACUUUCAUCCCUUCCUUGGAAGUCCCUUUUCAACUGCAGGUACGUUCGCAAAACUUGGCUACAAAUCAUCUAUGAUCCGCACUUUGCGUAACUUCACCUCUCAAGAUCACGUAUCAACAUGUUAAUCCAUAAUGAAAGACCCAGAAGUGAAUCUAGAAACUUACUUUCAUAUCAAACAGAUAAAGCUCCUCAUAGUGACCGCAUUCCGAUUGAGGAAAUGGUGUUUACUCCUAGAUUAAACUUACCCAAGUCUUCAUUUGAGCUUUGCAAUUCUUGCGAUGUGUUGAUUUGCUUGUCUGGAAUCAAAAAGAAAUUAGUUCAUGUUUGCAAUCCAGUUUUAGGUGAGUUCAUCACCAUUAAAGUGCCUGAUGAGGAUAAGAGAUGUAGUUUUAUUUUUGGAUUCAGUUUUAAAACUAAUGAAUACAAAGUGUUGCUAACUUUUGAUAUCAACGAAUCCGGACCAAAAGCUGAAGUGUAUACCAAUGAAGCAGGAUCAUGGAGAAGUUUGGGAAAUGCCCUUGAUUGCAUUGGUACCAUGCUCUUUAACACAUUUUGAACAUGGAGCUUUUCGCUGGGUUGAUUAUUCUAAUAAUCAAAUUGUUUGUUUUGACUUUGAGGAGUUGUUCAGGGAAGUUCCAACCCCACCUCAGUUCCAACCUGAGUCUGAUGAUUGUUUGAUGUUGGGGGUAAUAGAAGAUUGUCUCCGUGCUUCUUGUUAUCGUGAUGAUGAUUCCUAUCGAUUUGUUAUUUGGGUUAUCAAGGAUUACGGUUCUAGGAGUCAUGGACUACACAGUUCCGCAUUAAACAUACGUUUUUAUCUGACAGCCAUUGUGAUAUCUAUUAUCCUCUAAUGCUCAUAAUGGGAGAAUCCUACUGUCAAACAAUGAUGAGAUGGUUGUUUGUUACAAUCUGGAAAGGAAAAGAUUCAGGGAGAUUGAUAUUUAUGCCAAAAGAGAUACCUUUAAUCUAACUUCAAACGCUCCAUGCUUCGUUUCACUCAACGAUGUUGCAAAAGGAGAACAAAUCUCAAGGUACCAAAAACUUAUCAUCUUUCAAUGGAUUUCUAUACAUAGUAUUCAUUUUCCUAAAAAAAUUUCCUAAAGUUUUUGUGCAUUCAUUGUCAGAGUUUGAAACAGAAUUGAAUUGGGGAUGUAAAUGCUGUCAUUUUAUACAGAUUUUGUCUUGGUUAAGUUGCUCACCUUCCAAAUGACAUGGGUGUUGGCAUGACAUUUCAAAAACAACCAGGAGAUGCAGUGGAAACUAUGACAGAAUUCUUUGUUGAGGGAUUAAAAUUGCAGCUGCUUCAACAAGUGUCUCUUGUCAAAAUCCAGAUGAGUUUCCUUUUCCUUUACAUUUUACUAAUUUAUUUCUUCCUUGAAUUGAUGAGUUUGAUUAUUCCAUUUGUCAUGUUGCUGUUUGCAAAUUUAAAACCAUGGAAUGACAAGUUUCAGCCACGAAGGGGACGUGGCUACCUUUUGCAGUUAGCUGUGGGCAGUUGAAGCUGUGAUAUUGAAGUGACAUGCAGUUUCUUUUAUAACAACGAGAGCAAUUUCAUAAUGAAGUUCCUUUGAUGAAAAAUCCACUCUUCUUCCAUUAAGUUUAUGAAGGUUUUUAUCGAGGUUUAUACUUCUCUUAGGGAGUAACUCAGUUUCUAUGAAUAAAAACCAAAUUCUGCUGAAGCUAUAAUACAUUGUGAUUUUGAUGUUAAAGGGGACUUUCACUUUCAGUGUAAAAGUUAUGGGAAUUGCUUCUGAUUGAUAGG